GCCUUCGGCCCUUAGGCUGGUCUCGAGGUGUCCCUGUUCCUCCGAGGUCCCUCUCGGCCCUUCGUGGAGACCUGCGAGCGGGAACAGUGAGCAGAAUGAACACCCUCCAGGACCAGAGUGGCUGCUCCAGUAACAAAGAACCCCUUUUGAGGUGUAGUGAUGCAAGGAGGGACUUGGAGCUUGCUAUUGGUGGAGUUCUCCGUGCUGAACAGCAACUUAAAGAUAACUUACGAGAGGUGAAGGCCCAGAUUCACAGCUGCAUCAGUCGCCACUUGGAAUGCCUUCGGAGCCGAGAAGUGUGGUUGUGUGAGCAGGCGGAUCUCAUCUAUCAGCUUAAAGAGGAGACGCUGCAGCAGCAGGCUCAGCAGCUCCACUGGUUAUUGGGCCAGUUCAAUUGUCUUAUUCACCAGCUGGAGUGUUCCCAAAACAAAGACCUAGCCAAUCAAGUCUCUGUGUGCCUGGAGAGACUGGGCAGUUUGACCCUGAAACCUGAAGAUUCUUCUGUCCUUCUCUUUGAAGCAGACACAACUUCUCUACGCCAAGCCAUCACCACCUUUGGGUCCCUUAAGACCAUUCAAAUUCCUGAGCACCUGAUGGCUCAUGCCAGUUCAUCAAAUUUUGGGACCUUCAUAGAGAAAAGAAGUUAUGUCUCAAUGCCAGAGCAGAAGUUGGCAUCCAGUAGCACUGUUCUUCCUCUCAGUGAAUGGCUUCUUGGAAGCAAACCUGCUAGUGGCUGGCACGAUCCUUACACACCCAGCACUAACCCUCAAGACUGGCUCACCCAAAAACAGACCUUGGCGAACAAUCAGACUUCUGCCGGAGCCUGCAGUUUCUUCAGUAAUAUCUGGGGUAAUCUGAAGGGCUUAGAAAACUGGCUCCUGAAGAGUCAGCAACAAGAAGGUCCUGGAAAGCCAAGUUCCCAGAAGUGUAACAGCUGUUCUAUCAAUGAAGGUGAAAAGGCAGAAGAUCUAGUGCUCCUUGAUCAAGAUGAGAUGGACCUGUCAGAUUGGCUGGUGACUCCUCAGGAACCUUGCAAGCUUGAGAAGCCUGAGAAUGGCAGCCAUGAAACCAGUGAAAAAAUUAAGCUCUUGUUCCAGGUGUUCCAGGAGCCCUACAGUGUGAAUGAUUGGCUUGUCAAGCCUGACUCCUGUACCAACUGUCAGGGUAACCAGCCCAAAGGUGUGGAGAUUGAAAACCUAGGCAAUCUGAAGUGCCUGAAUGACCACUUGGAGACCAAGAAAACACUGUCCACCCUCAGCAUUACUGAGGAUUGGCUUGUUCAGAGCCAUCAGGACACAUAUAAAGUAGAGGAAGUAUGCAAAGCCAAUGAGCCCUGUACAAGCUUUGCGGAGUGUGUGUGUGAUGAGAAUUGUGAGAAGGAAGCUCUGUGUAGGUGGCUUCUGAAGAAAGAAGGGAAAGAUAAAAAUGGAAUGCCUGUGGAAGCCAGACCUGAGCCUGGGAAUCACCAAGAAUCCCUAAAUGUGUGGCUCUGUCCUUCCAGAAAAGAGGUAACAGAACAAGCUAAGGCACCCAGAGCCCUGGCUCCUGCCCGAGUUUCCGAUUCCUUCCAAGCCAUAUGGAAUAGUUCCUUAUCAGAGUGGCUCACCAGGUCUAGUGCUGAGGACAGAGCUGGCAAACAAAAGCUUCAGAGCCCUAUGACUACUUCCUGGAGUCCCUUUAACACUGCUGAUUGGGUCUUGCCAGCCAAGAAGGUGGGAAACCUUAGCCAGUUAUCUACAGGAGAAGACAAGUGGCUACUUCGAAAGAAGGCCCAGGAAGUAUUUCUUAACUCACCCCUACAAGAGGAACAUAACUUUCCCCCAGACUGUUACGGUCUCCCAGCAGUUUGUGAUCUCUUCACCUGUAUGCAGCUUAAAGUUGAUAAAGAAAAGUGGCUAUAUCGAACUCCUCUACAGAUGUGAUGGAAUGGACUGUGAAAGUCGAACAGCUUUUCUGCAGAUUAUCACACAUCCACGAGCUGAGUGACUGCAGUUUGCCAAAUCAUUGUAUUUCUAGUCUGAUCAAUGAGCUUACUUCUUUUAUGUCUGACUUUAAACUAGUGAAGUCAUCAAAUUAUGAGUUGCUUUAUAAAAGAAAGGCUAUUUGUUGAUGCUGAGGUGACAGUCUUUCUUACUGAAGUAUUCACUUAGUACACCCACCUCUUUCCACUAGAAAUACAGCAUCUUGGUGGGCAGGUUUUCACCAGCUUCCACAGCUCAGAUUGAGUGGUUACUAGAACAACAAAAACACUGUAGUUUUAGAAGUGAAGUAUUUUAUAAUCAAGGUGCGCUAGUGUCUCCUAAAGCCAGUAAACUUCUCAAACCUUUUGACUGCCCUUUAGAUACUUCUUUUGCUAUGGGCUUUCUUCUAGUGGUCCAAAACCAAGUGAUUAUUCUGUUCAAUUAAUUUAUAGGAUAGUUCACACAAGUAAUUAACCUUGUCAAUUUAGUAGGUUUUGUUCUUAAUGACAUUAACUAUCAGACAUUUUAGCCUACAUGUUAUUUCUAUUAAUUUUUCAUUAUUUGAAAUGCAGUUACUGAAGAUUUUGCCUUUAUUCCUUUCUCUGAAUGUUAUUAAAGUAUCCAUUGAGCUG